GUUCUUUUUCCCGGGCUUUUAUUUUGGUCUUUGUAAUGGGGUUGUUGAAAAUAGAUGUUUUGGUGCUUCUUUGAAAAUGCAUGCAGUAAAUAAUUUCAUAAGACGCCAAGAAGGUUUAAGUACAACAACAGACUAUGAUACAUGUAUUAGACGUCUUACUUGCUAUCAGAAGGAUCGUUUUUCUAGUUUUCAACCAUUCUAUGACGAGUCUCCUGUAUUUUCUGCGAGAUUUGGAAGUGGAGAAAAGUACAAACACAUUCUAGCACUAGCCAAUGAGGAUGGUUGGGUGACUCUGAUUGAUACUAAUCACUGGAAUGCUCCACAAAAGUUUGUACACUUUCAGUGCCACAACAAUGCAAUAUUUGACUUGGCGUGGAGUCCCAGGGACAUGAAGCUGGUGACUGCGUCCGGCGACCACACCGCUGUGCUGUGGGACUUGUGUGUCGGCCAUUGUGUGCCCUUGGCGUACUUCCGCUCUCACAGCCGCAGCGUCAAGACAACACAGUUCUCCCCGGAAGACGACAAUGUUGUCAUCACGGGUGCGAGAGAUGGGAACAUCAACGUGUGGGACAUAAGAUCAUUCAGGCGAUCUAAUGAUCUGCGACCUGAUAAUUUCAUUUCACAUGCUCACAGUCUUAAAAUCUCAACCCUGACAAAUAGUGCGGGAAAGAAAGGCAGGUUUCAGAGUGCCACGUCAUCUCGUGCCAGCAGCAUAACUUGCCUUACCUUCCAAGACUCAUGCACUCUGAUCUCAUGUGGAGCCGGCGAUGGGUGCAUCAAAGUGUGGGAUCUGCGGAAGAACUACUGUGCGUAUCGGGGUGACCCCAUCCCGGUGCACAACCUGAAACACUCGGGUAAUGUGGGGUUCACGAGCCUUGUGCUGGACCCCGGGAAAGUGAGACUGUUUGCCAGCUGCCUGAAUGGCUCCAUUUUCUGUUACAACAUUGCCACGUACAGCAAGGAACCAGUUGCAGAAUACACAGGAGCUACAAUUGGCACGUUUUAUGUGAAGUCUUGCCUAAGUCCAGACGGUUUGUACCUGCUUAGUGGCUCCAGUGAUGGCAUGGCUUACGUGUGGAACACACGAUCUCGAUAUCCCCUCGCAGUGCUGGUGAGGAACAGCAAUGAAGUCACCUGUGUUGCUUGGCACCCAUGGAGAACUCAGAUCGUUACAUGUUCAGACGAUCCGUGUUUCCAAUUUUGGACGGUGGGACCUGAAAAUAAGAAUGACUGUGGGGACAUUGAAGAUGAACUUUGUGGCUGGGCUGAAGUUAAAGAGCCGCAGUGUAAUACGGAAAGUGUCGAUGUAAACACGCCAGACGUUUCUAUUCCGAAAGCCACCAGCAAGUUUAGCAGGAGGCGAACCCCAUCACCCACAUUCUCGACUCGUUCGCCUUCGCCCAAGCAUUUCCGGUCCCAAGGUGGGUCUUCCUUCAACUGCCCAACUUCUAACCUCCCAAACUCGGUCCGAGAUGGGAAGUUCCACCUGCAUCGCUGCGAAGUGGGUCGUGAGAAAGACGUCAACUGGCUAGUGAAGAUCAACAAGGAACUGAAGGAUCACCCUGGGUCAUGUCUUAGGGUCAGGAAGUUAUUCACCUACCAGCAACCCCUAAGGUCGGCAACGUCGAGCAUUUUGCCAUAUCUGACUGGUAAAGGGGUGAUUCCUCGAGCAACAGUGCCUAGUGUGGAUACUUCAUUCAGUUAACAACAUGGAUACUUCAUUCAGUUAACAACAUGGACUUAAGAAAAAAAUGCCUUCCAAUAUUUGUAAUAUACUGUACAUAGAUGUGUGGUGUUAUCAGGUUUUGUACCUAUUUUUAUGUAAAGUAUUAGCUGCACUAGGUUUGGUGUUUUAUGAGUUUUGCAUAUGAACAUUUUGAAGGUAAGUUGUCUUAAAUUUAAUUGGGGCUGUGUCCUCUUUAAACUGCAUACUUCAAUUUUUAAGACUGAUGAUAAUGGAUAACUAAAGACUACUCAUUAUAAUUACAGAUAAUGGUUGUGUAAAGUACUCUUUAGUUUCUCAAUUAUGUGUGUUAGUAGCAUUUUUAUUCAGUAUGUCACAUACUUAAUAUAUACAUAUAUAUUUUUAUU